AUGGAUAUCAGAGCAAAUGGUAGACUCGGAAUAAGUCAAGAUAAUUCGAAAAGUAGCGAGGAAAAAGAUAUGGACAGUAUACUAGCCUAUGAUCCAACUUCACAUCCUGAUGAUAAACCACCUGAUUAUGUCAGUUCACGACCUCGCAGAUUAUCACCAGAUGAAGCAAAAUUGGAUGAAUUAAGCAACUAUGCUAAGCCAUACUUGAGAAAUGGCAACUUCCAUGAGGUCAUUGGUAUUUUGGGAGGUACAACGUUACGCGAAUUCAAUAAAUGUAGAGAGGGCAAAACUAUUCCUCCGUACAUACGAAGUUCAGAUCCUCGAUCGCAUAAUGUGCAUCAUAAAGUGGACGAAGUUAAUAAUCAAGGCAGCAAUGAUAAUAAAUCACUACAAGAAGCGCAUAGUGAUGAUAGUGAUAAACGUACAUCGAAGAAAUCAUCACUGUCUAGUAAUACUGGUCUAGAACGUAACAAGUCAAUAAAGAAGGAACGUCAUUACGAUGGGAAUCAAGAAAUAGAAAGCACCAGCGAUCAAGCAUUAUCGUCUAGUUAUCAUCGUGGAGUACCAAGUGAUCGGAAAGUCAAAACAGAAAUUAGCAACGGACCUGAUUCUUGUCUCCCUUCGGCAUUAUCGUCUAGUUAUCAUCGUGGAGUACCAAGUGAUCGGAAAGUCAAAACAGAAAUUAGCAACGGACCUGAUUCUUUUCUCCCUUCGGUAUCAAAUGAGACGAUUGCCAAGACUACAACCUUAAGUAAACGAAACCAGGGGCAGCCAAGCGCUAAUAAUGAUUUCUGUGUAGCUGACGAUACGAAAACUAGUCAAAAUAAAGAAGACACUAAAACCAAAGAUGAAGAUGAGCUACUGCAAGCAAGCGAAAAUAAUAACAAGAUAAAACGUCAAAAAGCAGAUAACGAUACAAAAGCAACUACUGUCCGGCCUAAAGAACUAAAAAUUGAUAUAAUUCAAAAUGGAAUCGCAAAAGGCAUGAUUCAAUCAACUAGCGACGAAAAAGUAUCAAUGAUAGCCAAAGUAAAACAAAUAUGUGAGGAAAUGGUAGGGCUUCCUCCUCCCAUCAGUGCUAUCAGGACGCCAUCAAGCAGUUCAUCUGCAUUUCCUGCUUUUCAGCAAAAGGAUGAAGCGACCAGUAAUCGUAAAGAUAUCAAGAAAGAGUCUGAAGAAAAUAACUUUACUGAUGAUCAAAAUUGCCUGGAACAAGACUUAGAGCUGACAGAUGACAGUGAUAGUGAUAACCAAAGCGACGCAGUGGAAGAUUUAACUAGAAAUGGUAACAAUGCGAUUUCAGGAAAAUUAUUUCCUAUCAUCGACCCUACUCCUCUCUCUGAAUCAUCAAGUGAAAGUGAUAAUGAUUCUGACAUAGGUGCCGUAAAGCAAGUAAAAAAGAGAAAGACGCCAUCCAGUGACAAUAGAAAACAUUCUCCUCGGCAAAAGAAGACACCCCAAAGUUAUCAUUCUGCAGCGCAAUCCAACAGAAUUGCAAAUAAUAUUAUACGCGAGGUACUGCAAUAUCAGAUUCCUGUUUUAAGUCCUUUACGAAAUAUUCACUAUGAAAAAUGCCGCAAUGAUGAUGAUUUUGGACGAAGGAGUUAUGACUCUGCUAUGAAAUCUACUCAUUGUGAUGAUUGCUCCACAUCUCAUGGAAAAUGUUUAAGUGAUUUGUCGGUAGAUGACAAGAAAUUUCUCGUAAGCAGUCGCUCCAACAACGAUAUCAAUCCCGAUAAACGUAAAGAAGGGCAGCUAAACCCGUCGUCCAAUCUGUUACGUUUAUCAGCAGCUCGAGUAGCAUUAGGAGAUAUUAACGAUUUGAUUCGUUUGACAAGUCUUAGCCCAAUACGUCAAAGCGGCCAUAACGUUACUAUUGGCCAGUCCAAUCGAAAUAACUUGCAUUUACGUUCAAAACGUAGUCGUCAUAACUUCCGUGAUACCUCUAAGCUUGAAUGGCCAUACCGUCGUAAAAAUAUGCAUUUGACAACUGCUAAUCCUGAGCUAAUUGGUAAAAUAUAUGCUAGUGACAAUACUCGACACUUUGACUGCCGGAAGGGAUUACUUAAGAAAAGAAAUGUAUUAUCGCCAGUCAAAAAGGCAUACUCUCCAGCUAAGCGUAAAAGGGUAUUACAAGAAGUAUACGACUUUUUACGUAUAAUCGAUUGUAGCUCACUUCGUAGUUAUGAGCGAAACCGAAACAGUCUUAAUAUUUCUAAUGGUGGUGAGCAACGUCAUUUACGGACUAUUUCCAAAAAUAUCGAAGCCGACAUUGUUGUUGGAAACAGUGAUAUUGCGCACGCUAACACCAAUUCUAAAAGUAAUCAAUGUCAUGACAUACAAAUGAUGGCUAAUGUGGCACUAGUUUCUAGACACCAAAUUCUACAAGAAAUGCGCAAUUUCCUACGGAUCAUUGAGCUUAGUCCGUUACGUUUCGGUAAGGCUUUCAAGCCAGCUAAAAAGCCUGCAGUUUUUGUGUUAGCUACUGACAAAGAAACCCCUAAGAUUCGAUCUACAUCAGUCAGAAGGAAACUUUUUGAUCACUCUGAUACGCAAAAUUUGGCUAAUUGUAUUGAUAACAUAGUUGUUUCUUCAGCAACCAGCUCUGCUCAAGAGAGACUGCCUACAAAUCUAUUUUACAGAGAUCAAUGGAAUCGCUCUCUUCAUGACAGUGAUAGUCAAUGUGAUUCCACGUCCAGUAAUCCAAAAACUGAUUUACAACACCAACAUGUAACGAAUGAGAAUAAGAAUAGUUCAACAUUACGAGAAAUUUCGGUGUCUAAUGUUACCGUUGACUAUAAUACGGAUUGCGUUGAUAUAUCAUCAUCAUCCUGUUCUAGCCAAACUUCGACUUUAAUCCGGCAGUCGAUCGCAUUACAUGAUGACAAUGUCACUUGUAGUUGUAAUGGAACGCAAGAUGUUCAAUGUUUAAGUAACACAUCAUCUGUUUUGCGUUUAGCUAAAAUCGACAAUACUUCUGAAAAAGAAGAGAAUAAAGCUGCGGCUGAUCAACAUAACGAAUUAUUCGAAGAUGUUGAUAACAGCGAUCAACAACAACAACAGCGUUCCCCGAUACAAAAUGAUGCAGUCGUUUCGUCAACGUUGCCUCCAACUGCAGAUAAAAGCUACCCCGUAAGCUUUGACCUAUCGCGUCUGAAGAGCAUCAAAUUGUCAACUUCAAAAGCUAAAAAGCAUCAGGAUGAACAAGCACAAGGUUUUAAGGACAAAAAAAUUAACGUGGAUAAGCAGCUCACGUCAACGUCAGGAUCCAAAGAUGGGUCACUAUCAAGUGGCAUAUCUAAAUCCAAACGAAUUAAUAACCACAAUAACGAAGGUCAUCCAUUAAAGAAGAAAAUACGAAAUAAAAUGGCCGAAAGUAGCGAUGAGGCCAACGUCACGGCUGUAUCGUCGCGGAAAGGAAUUAGUCCUGAAAGAAAUGAAAUGAAACGUAAUAAAAAAUCUGAUGAUUUUAAGGUAGUAUCUCAUGGGAAAGUAUCAGAAAAAGAGAGAUUAAAAAAAGCUUCAAGAAGUAUCAUUGGAUCGGAAGAUGAUUCCGCGUUGUUGCGUCAUAAAAAAGACAAGAAGCGAAAAAAGGAAAUAAGGCGUGUUAAAACGUCAGAUGAUGACUCGUCAUCUCAUCAUAGAACUCCUCCGCCGUUUAAGAAUGACAAUGAUCAAAGUGAGGUGCAAGAUCGAGGUAAAAAUUGUGAUUACAAAGCAUCUCAGUCCAAACAUUUGGAUAGUGAUAAUACUCAACGUCGUAAGAAAUCAGUAGCCAAGGAAAGUAAUAAAGACUACCGAUCCGAUAUGGCAGCAACUACGUUCAACAAGCAGACAUUAAAGAAAAAUACGGAGGAAGUAUCAACUAUUGAAGAUUUACGUAUAAAAUCUGAAAAUUUACGUAAACAAGCAACUGAACACAAGCGUAGUGGUGAUGCUAACCCAAAUAUUGAAGUGAAGGCAAUUAAGUACACUGAAGCUGCAAUGUUAUUUAUUGAACAAGCCCUUAUAGAAGAGAAAUUAGAUAAGGAAAAACAUGAAAGUAGAAAAAAGGAACCAUAUUACGAAAUAUUAAACACUACUGCUACUUUCUUAAAUGAUAGAAGCCGAGCAUUAUUAGUUCAUAAAAUAUUUUUACGCUCUCGUAAUGAAAUACGAACUUUACUGCAAAAUGUUAACGAAUAUUGUGCGAAAGAUAAGCAACAAAUGGGAUCAAUUUCCAAAAAGUUAUUUCCAUUUAGAUAUUAUUACAUUUUUACAUUUAGUAGCAGAACCUCAGAUCUGUCUGUUUCUCCAACAUUUACACCUGGAAGCCAAUCUUCUACUUCAAGUAGUAGUACGCAAAAUGAUAAUUUUAUAAGCAUCCCCAAUAAAAUUAUGUCUAUGCAGUUAAGAUUGAAUCACCUAUGGAAUCAAGAAACCUAUGCUAUGGAUUUAUGGGAGAACGGAAAUUUGAUUAUGAAAGAAUUUGAAGAUUUCUUCACUCAACUACAUCAACGUAAUAUUUUACACUACGAUAGUACUUUGGCCGACCUAUUGAAUUACGUUCGUCGAGGAAUGAAAUUGAUAUCGAAGAAUUAA